AAAACAUCUCUGGAGGAAGUCCUCUUCAAAACCGAAUCAUCGAUUUUCAAGUCCUUUCUACCCACUGAUGCGGUUUCGUCCAGGUUGAUUGGCAGCUCAUUUACCAGCAUGCCCAUGGAAUCUGGUGUUCUCUCAAGAAGCAGCAUAAUCGACGAUAGUUUUCCUCUACCCAGCACAUAUGCUGCUUAUGAAUUACCACUGAAGCCUAUGGCUAAGGGAUUCGACAUCAUCCUCACCGAAACGGACACCAUCUCACUGCUGGACCUGCCCCCCAUCSUCAUCUCAGAAGAUGCUGAGGACGCAGACGCGGUGAAACAGAGAAACCGCGACUACGCCGAGUWUUGCAGUAGUAAAAUAGGCAGUGAUAAUUUUUUAGAGCGAUCAUCUCAGACACUUGUCGGGGAGCAUAAAUGCAAAUACACCCAGACCCACAGGAACAACAGUGUCAAUAAGGGCACAAUGGCUACUACCUGGGACAUAUAUGAUUCGUUCUCUAUGUCGACUGAAAAUAGGGAAACCCGGGAAUCUGAGCGGAUGGAUUAUCUCAUGAGCACCAACAAUGAGCAAGACAUUUCAGAAGUAACCAUGAGCGGGGAAACGGACAGUGGCGUCAGCUCGGCGGCAGAGACGGACGCUGAUCUGGUCAAGUUAAAAACUGAGUCAAACUUGGAAAAUAUCCUGUCGUUGGAAGCUUUCAUGAGCAGCGCAUUGAUAAUGGAGAGAGUGAUAGUGAUGAACAUUUUUCAGUCUAAGCUGGCUGCCUUCAGAGGGCUGCGUGUCCUGAAAGACCCGGACAGCGAGGUCCGACCUGGCUCGGUUGAACGGAUUACAGAGGAGAAAGACCACUAUUUAACGCCAAUCUUGGAGCCUCUCUGGACCUUCGUCAUCCCCCUGACCAGAGGACACAACAUCACCUGCAUGACAUGGAACAAGAAGAACUCAGACAUCCUGGCAGUAGGCUACGGAAUCGGGUCCUCAGGCAACCCACAACCAGGUCUCAUUUGCUGCUGGUCUCUAAAAAACCUUAUGUGGUCAGAGCGAGUGUUUUCCUGCCAUAGCAGUGUGACGUGCCUGGAGUUCUCUUCCAGCAACCCCAGCCAUCUGGCUGUAGGGAUGUACGACGGCUCUGUCGCCAUCUACAACGUUCAGGUCGGAGACGACAUGGCGUGCAUCGCCAACAGCCGUGACUGUGCUAAGAGACACACGCAACCGGUGUGGCAGGUCACCUGGACCAAACAACAGCUGCAGCUAUCGGGGGAAGAACGAGAAGAAGUUCUAGUGUCCGUAUCAGGAGAUGGCAGGAUUACCAAGUGGCUCAUCCUGCACAAUGGUUUCAACUGCGUAGACUUGAUGAUCUUGAAAAGAUCAUCAGGUCGUAGACAGAGCACUGCAGGAGGCCAGCCGAAGACUGAAAAUGUGCUGCUUCCACUGACCGCUAUUCUUUGCAUUGACUUCCAGCCAGACGACACUGGGAUCUAUGUGAUCGGAACGUGGGACGGCAGCAUGCACAAGUGCUCUCUGUCCAACAGCGAUCAUUUUCUGGACACAUACUGUAAACACCCUUCCCCAGUGACGCAUAUCGAGUGGUCGCCUAUUUAUUCAGACGUGUUCCUGAGCAGCUCUUCAGACGGGACGAUUCAGCUGUGGAAGGUGGACACGCUGAACCCCAAAAUGAGCUUCAYGUCAGUGCAGAGCAUAGUGGACAGCGUCAAGUGGUCCCCAAACUGUGGCACGGUGUUUGCAGCCAUCUACAGGCAGCGUGUGGAGGUCUGGGACCUCUGCCAAAGCAUCAUGCGGCCCACUGUGAUACACCACGCCAAGCCCGGCGUGACGCUGUCGUCCUUGCUGUUUGCCAAAGGCUCAAACAGCAUUUUGGUUGGGGACAGUCGGGGUGAGGUCACUGUGUACAAGCUCAAAAACUUCAGAGUUGGGAAACCAAAAAAAGGUGUCCAAUCUGUAUGAGGUCAUGGCGUCUGUCGGCGGGUACGUUGACUGAAGAACCGCCAUGUAGAAACGGAAUCUAGUUAUUACUUCAAAUAUGUGGMGCUUGUUGUCGUUGAAAGACGGGCUUUUCUUAUUAAAACACAGAKGUUUGUGUUGUCAAAUGUUAAAGACAGGCUUUUCUUAUUAAAACUUACAAAUGUUUGUGUUGUCAAAUGUUAAAUUGAAGAUAAAAAAAGGCACAAAAUAAACAGAUCAUUUAAAAGUUU